AAUUGCUACAGAGCGCAGACCCUAAACCCACUCCCGCCAUCAAUCACUCACCGCCUGUGAUUCGGCGAUCAAUCUCACGAUUCAUUCCGACGUCGUAUAACCGUCUUUUCUACAACUCUCAAAGCUUAAUUUCAUUAUUGUGGCGCUUGGAUAGCUUCGAGCUCGAAAUGGGCAGAUUGAGCUGGGCUAGGCUUUCCUCAAAAUCAUUUGUUCAGAAUAUUUUGUCUCGGCAUAGAGUUGUUGCUGAAUCAGCCGUUGAGAAAAGAAUUUUACGGGGCACAGUUCCGGAAUUUCAACGGACAUUGCUACAGAGUAGAUCUUUGUAUAGUUCCGGUAUUAUUGGCAAGCCAGCAAAUUUUGCAGCUAAUGAAUGCCCAUCAUCCAGACAUUUUAUCCACUCUACAGGAGUUUGUCAUUCUGCGGAAAAGGAUUAUUAUGACCUUUUAGGUGUUUCUAAAGAUGCCAGUCGGGAAGAGAUUAAGAAGGCUUUUCAUGCACUUGCAAAAAAGUACCAUCCUGAUGCCAAUAAGAAUAAUCCUUCUACAAGGAGGAAAUUUCAAGAAAUAAGAGAUGCAUAUGAGACUCUGCAAGAUCCUGACAAGAGAAAACAAUAUGACAUGAUGAAAGAACACAGAAAAACUGAAUAUUCAAAUUUUGAUUAUGGGGGUGCUGAAGGAUUUAGACAUGAAGCAAACUUCAAUGAUUUUUCUCAUUCUUUCCAGAAAAUUUUUUCUGAGAUAUUUGAAAAUGAGACAGAAACUUUCACAGAUGAUAUUCAGGUGGACCUUUCUCUCUCUUUUCCUGAAGCUGCUAAAGGAUGCACAAAGCAUCUGUCAUUUGAUGCAGAUGUUCCUUGUGGUUCUUGUCAUGGGCAGGGUCACCCACUGAAUGCAAAGGCAAGAGUCUGUCCAACAUGUGAAGGCCUUGGGCGAGUUACUAUUCCCCCAUUUACGGCUCUGUGCUGUAGUUGUAAAGGAUCUGGCAGAAUCAUUAAGGAAAUUUGUAGGGAAUGCAAAGGAUCAGGAGCUGUUAGAGGCGUUAUGGAUGUUAAAGUAACCAUACCACCAGGUGUGGAUUCUGGCGAUACUAUCCGUGUGCAAAGAGCUGGUCAUGCUGGCAGAAGAGGGAUGCAACCAGGCAACUUGUUUAUAAAGCUCAAGGUUGAUGAAGAUUCUGUUUUUGACAGAGAUGGUGCUGACAUUUAUGUUGAUGCUAAUAUCAACUUUACACAAGCUAUUCUUGGUGGCAAGGUUGAGGUACCGACUUUAUCUGGGACAACAUCAGUGAAGAUACCAAAGGGUGUUCAGCCUGGUCAACUUCUGGUACUUAGAGGCAAAGGCUUGCCGAGGAGUGGCUUUGUUGUAAACCAUGGAGAUCAGUAUGUGAGAUUCCGCAUAAGAUUUCCAACAGAAUUAAACAAUAAACAACGAGCAAUACUUGAAGAAUUUGCCAAGGAGGAAAUUAAUAAUGGAGAUAACAUGUAUUCACAAGGAAAUUGGCUUUAUCAGCAGCUCUGUACUGGUUGAACUUACAGGUGGAAUCAUGUGGUUGAACACAUCAUUACUCCGAAGUUUGCAGUCGAGCUCUCCCUUCUGAUCUUAAUUCUCCUGCUGCUAAACAAAAUCCUAUUAUGAAGACCGCCGCUGAUUGCAAAAGAUAGAAUCAUCAAGACUAGAACACGACAACCUGUGAUGGCAAGGUGGGUAACUCAUCAACAUCAUCUCGAUCCUAUUUGAUGUUGGCAGUAAGCCGUGCACGUACUUGGCAGUCUUUUAUCCAGGGAUUGGCUGCAACUAGAACUUUGUGGUGUCAUCUUCUUCUCUGCACAGUUCAAGCUCUGAUCUAAAAGUUUACUGACCCUGCCAUUUGGUGGUGAAGAGUUUUGACUUUUUAUAUACAUAUUAGAUAAAAGAUUAUUAAUUGAGGUACAGAUUAUUGUUGAAGCAUACGCUUUGGUGUCCAAUGUAAACACUACACUUGAUGGUGAAGAUUUGGCAUAUAGCAUGACAAGUUGUAGACUGUCGCUAUUGGAAUUACAAGUGAAAAAAUGGAAGUGGAACACUAAUGACUAAUGAAAGGCCACCCCAUUAAAUUGAUUUCUACAAUGAAAAGAGCCGUGUAGCUUCUUGGUUGAUUGAAUUUCAUUUCAGGCCACAUGUGAUGUGGGAGUCAUCUCUGUCGUUUGUGGGGUUUGGUUCUUCUCCUCAUCCACCAUGUCUUUACUGCGGCGUUUGAUCUCUCCGUAAAAAUAAGAAACAAAUCCCCAGAGGCAGAGGAAAAGAGAGACGCCCUUCUCCGCCUGGAACUUCUCGUGGAAUGAAAUCACGGCGAGAAGCUCCGUCACUGGGAGGAGAACGGUGUUGAUGAUGACGGAGAGCAAAGAUGAACCGUAGCAGAUCACCCCAAGGGCUCCCAUAAGGAACGAUUGCGAUGUAAUCCCAGUGCAUACCACUACUAUGUAAUAUUUUGCUGCACCCAAUUCAAACUCUCUUGCUUCCCUUGGGAUCACCUGUAUAUAAUAUAAAUAAAUAAUACAAAAAAAUUUAGUGACAA